AUGGCGCCUAAUUCAAUUAUUCAAGAACCAAAGAUUAAAGAAGAGAAAACAACAGAUGUUAAACCUAAAAAGCAAGUAAAGAUCAAAGAAGAACCUAUUAGAUUUGGUAAAUCACCAACUUCAAAAGAUAGAAUUCAAAAACGUCCAAUCAUUCCAAUCACACCAAAUGAAAAGAUUUUAAAACAUCCUCCAAAUUUGAAAUCAAUUGAUAAUUUAAACAUUAAUAGGUUUAUCAUUCCAACAAAGGAUGAACUGUCUGAAGAAGAGACUCCAACAAAAGCUUCUGGUUCUAAAAGACAUAAUGUUGAUCAUUUAGGGAAAGGUAAAGAAUCUGAAGGCAUUUCAAAUAAGCGCCAUAAGCAACAACAACAUACUUCACAUCAACAAUCCAUUACACCAAAGCCAAGUUCAAUUCCUCAGAAAAUUUCUGCUUCUAGUGUUACUCCUCAGUCUGUUGGGAAGAAACAGUCAUCUCCAUUGAUUAUGAAUGAACCUUAUAAACCAAUCACUAAACCACCAAAGUUCCAAUCAUUUGAAGAAUCAAUCAUUUUAAAUGAUCCAAAAGAUGAUAUAAAUUUUGAUAAACUUUUUCAAAACGUUGAUGAUGAAGUCCAAAAGGGGAAAUAUAUUGAUUAUGGUUCUAAAUCAUUUGAUGAUUGGUGUGAAACUGGUAUUAAAUUAACAAAUAUUCAAUAUGGAAUUGUUAAAAAAGUUAUUACAAGUAGAAAUAAAUUAAAUUUAAAAUUUGGAAUGAUUUUAAAAUUAAUUAAUAAAAAUGGUGAAUCUUUAGAAAAAGAAGAUGUUGUUUUAAAAGAAAAAAUGAAAAGAUUACAAAAUUUAGGUGAAGAAAUUAGAAAUUUUAUCAAGUGA